AUGUCGCAACACUCAAAGAGAAGAGACACCGAAAGCACACUUCUUUACGAAGGGAACUUCGACCAGUGGCAAUGGCAGAUGAGCAACUUCUUCAUCGCGAAAGGCCGCCCCACGCAGGCUUACCCCUCCAUCGCCUACACAGACCCAGACGACAUUGUUCACUAUUGUAAGAGCACCUUGGGCGACAUCGAGGAUGUUCUGUCUUCAAUCACACCAGCACUCAAGAACCGCAUUCCGGUUAGUCUUGAGGUCGGAAUUGGCCAGCUCUACGCCUGCCUAGAGAACCUCUGUCUUCGACCAUUCCGUCUUCUUGACCUCCCUCCAGAACUCCGAGUCAGAAUCUAUGCUGAAGUCGUGACGAGCCCCAACGUUCAGGGAGUCGAGAGCGACAGCAGCCCACUUGAUAGACACGCCAUUCCGGCACUCGCCCAGUCGGCCCAGCUCAUCCGGCGAGAGGUGCUCCCAGAGUACUUCGCCACUAACACCUUUCUUAUCCGAGCAUCCAUGCCCCCAACGCCCGGUAGAAGAGACCCAACCACAACGGGCAUCUCGCUGUGGAAGGCCGACGUCCUGCGAGAACACAUCAAGGAUCUCCGCAAAGUCGACCUCUUUGUCGUCGCCCGUCAAGACUACGUGCGGUCCGAUGGGGUCUUACAGCUUGCACUAAAAUCGGUGAAAUUGGGUGUACGAUUCGACAAGUGUCGUGGUGUGUACAUCGAUGUUCCCGUCCUUCUCGACCAAAACUCCAAGAAUAGAUUGGCAGUCUUGACUGCGAUGGCUGAGACAGCGCGGCAGGAGAAAGGACAUACGGGCGAGGCGAUCUUGGAAUUGGUGGGGCUGGUCUGUACCAGAGACGUUGAAUAUAGCCAGCCGAAUUUCACCCAUAUGAGCUUGAUGGUACCGGAUAGCGCUAGAUAG